CAACCCCCGUAAUUCCUCCCACAAGAUUAUACCCAAAAGUCCUUAAUACCCUUAUAAUCAACCCAAACAAUAACAAAUCAAAGGUCUUUACAGUCAAUUUCAAGACAGUCAAAAUCCCAGGUCCAAGGCAAUCAAAACCCGUUACGUUAACAUCUUAAGAAAAACCCCGUUACAUUAAAAGCAUCAAACCCACUAACAAAAAAGGCCUUCGUCUUUGACUCCAAUCCAACAGAUAUAAGAGCAACAGAAAAUGGGAAAAAAAUUGCAAAAAAUGGCCGAAAUUUGAAGAAGAAGAUUGAAGAAGUGAAAGCUUUGAAGAAAAUGGCGGAGUUAGGGUUUCAAGAACAAAGCUCUUUGAGAUCAGGUUAUGGAGUUCGAGAUGCGAGUCCUGAUUCUGUUAUAUUCACAUUGGAAUCGAAUUUCAGCCUCUUCUCUUCGGCUUCCGCUAGUGUCGAUCGUUGCUCUUUCGCUUCCGAUGCUCACGAUCACUAUUCUCUUGCCUCCGAACUCUCUUUACGUUUGGCAGGCCACGAAGGAGGAGAUCAGAAUGAGAGUUCGAGUGGACCAGAUCCAGAUCCAGAUCCAAACAAAGCUAUAGCAGUCCAAAAGCACAGUCGUCUCUCCAGAAAAGGAGAAAAAGUGAAAGUUCAAAAAGGAGAAAACGAUGCAGCUCACAAAGAGGACGAAAAUCAACUCAUAGAUUCAGCAAGAAACUCAUUCUCUCUUGCACUUAAAGAGUGUCAGGAUAGGAGGACUAGAUCUGAGGCUUUGUUGAAGAAUCCUGAUAGGCGAAGACCGGCUUCAUUAGAUCUAAACAAUGUCUCUGCUUCGUCUCCGCGGUUGGGGACUGUGAAGAAAAGCACUGUUGCAACACGGAAAUCAGGUGCAUUUCCUAGCCCCGGGACUCCCAAUUAUCAUCAUCAUCAUCAGGCGAGUGUUGGGAUGCAGAAGGGUUGGAAUUCUGAACGUGUGCCAUUGCAUAACAAUGGUGGAAGGAAACAGGGGACUGCUGCUGGAGUGUUGCCUUUUAACAAUGGAAGGAAUUUGCCUUCAAAGUGGGAAGAUGCUGAGAGGUGGAUUUUUAGUCCAGUUUCUGGGGAUGGUGGUGUGAGGCAAUCCCUCAUGCCUCCACAAAGAAGACCAAAAUCAAAGAGCGGUCCACUUGGCCCUCCUGGGAUUGCUUACUAUUCUUUGUACUCGCCUGCCAUGCACAUGUUUGAUGGGGGCCAUACGGGAGAUUUCAUGGCUGGUUCUCCUUUUUCAGCAGGUGUAAUUGCAGCUGAUGGUUUGACUAUUCAUUCUCGUAGCCAUGCUGGAGGAUUUGCUGUUCGGACUGAGCCUUGCAUGGCCCGUUCUGUUAGUGUGCAUGGAUGCUCUGAGGUAGUGAAUCCACCAUCGUUGCCUUCACAAGAUGCAGAUGAAAAUCUUGAUGCUGUCAAGGAUGCAGCCACUGAUAUUUCUUGUACUGUUUCAAGAAGAGACAUGGCAACCCAAAUGAGUCCACAGGGUAGCACCCACGCAUCUCCCAAAGGAAGGCCUUCUUUCUCUCCUUCCACCCCUUCUGCUCUACCUAUUAUGGAACUGCAGAGCAUCCAUUCCUCAAAGUCAGAAGUGAGAGAUGUGCAGGUAGAUGAAAGAGUCACAAUGACUAGGUGGUCAAAGAAGUAUAGAACUCGACAUGCUGGGAAGAGCACAGAAAUUGUUGAUGACUGGAAAAAGAGAGCUAUUGACACUCGUACAUCAACCUGGGAUGUGACAGAGACACCAAAAAGCAUUUCCAAGGUCAAAAGAGAAGAGGCCAAAAUCACUGCAUGGGAGAACCUGCAGAAGGCAAAAGCUGAGGCAGCCAUAAGGAAACUAGAGAUGAAGCUGGAAAGGAAGAGAUCUUCAUCAAUGGAUAAGAUAAUGAAUAAGCUGAGAUCAGCUCAGAAGAGAGCCCAAGAAAUGAGAAGUUCAAUGUUAGCCAACCAGGCCCAUCAAGUUACAAUGACCUCACAUAAGCCGAUAUCAUUCCAUAGAACCAGUCAGAUGGGUUCAUUGAGUGGUUGCUUCACCUGCCAUGCAUUCUAAUGCCUUAGCUAUCAUUUACUGGUUCAAUCUGUCCUCAAAUGCUGGUUUGAAUAACAGGGACCACUGGAGAUGAUCAAUAUUGUACAGGAAGCAACUAUUAUACUUGACGCUAAAUUGGUGUUAGCUGCAAUUUUGCUUGAAUGAAGCACCAUUACCUCCAUCAAGGUGUACUUCCAGAUCUCCUGAAUGUUUGACUAAUAAAAUCCGGUAUGCUUGUAUGUAUGUAAAUCAACCUUUCAAGUUUUUGUUUUUUUUGUUUUUUUGUUUUUCCUACUAUGACAGUUUGCCACGGAAAAAGAAAUAUCAUUCAUCUCUUUUACCUU